GCGUAGUAAUGUAUCAACAUCGAGUAGUGGUACUCCUUCGACGAGAAGAUCUAGGCGUAAAUCCAGUGGCACCAGCAAAACCUAGAAGGUACCGACCCGGAACAGUGGCUUUACGUGAAAUCCGACAGUAUCAAAAGUCUACUAAUCUCCUUUUGAGAAAAUUACCAUUUUCGCGCGUGAUUGCCAUAGAACUUAUGGAACCAGAUGCUACCGUAGGUUAUCGAUGGCAAUCAUCUGCAAUCUUGGCCCUUCAAGAAG